AUGGGGAAUACAGCCACUAAGUUCCGGAAGGCUUUAGUCAGCGGGGACGAGGCAUUGGCAUGGCAACUGUACGAGGGCAACAGCCAGUUCAGGGAGGGGCUGGACCCCAACGCGUCCUACGGAGAAACCUACCAACACAACACACCCCUCCACUACACCUGCAGGCACGCCAUGACACGCCUGCUCAGGUAACACACACCUACAUUACACCUGUCGGCACGCCAGGACACACCUGCUCAGGUAACACCCCCUAGAUAUGUUCCAGGGAUACAGGGAGCGAUGGAGUGAGAAAGGGAGAGGGAAUAAGAGAGAGUUCCAGUGUGUUAGCAGUUUGACCCCUGGGAGGAGAUGACAGGCUGUCAAUGAGCCUAUUUUCUUUAUCUUCCUUUCACUCAUCCUCCCCUCCUCCUUUUCUCUCUCUGGGUGAUUACAGGGGUCAGAGGAAGCGGUUUGAAAAGGCCAGCUAAUUGUGUGUGUGUGUGUGUUAAAGGCCAGUUUGCUAACUGCAGGUCUAUUUCGGUGCCUUCCUGCCUACCAAAUUACUCUUCCCUUCAGCCAUCUGGUUGAGUGCACUUGACCAAAGUGUGCGCUUAUCUGAUGUGCACUUAGCAGACUGUAUGUCAGUCUGUCUUUCUGCCUGUGUGUCAUUCGAUUAUGCGAUAAUUGCUACAGUGGUUAUUGCUGUGUGAUAAAUACUGUUUCUCACAGAGUCAGCAGAGGGGAGGGAGAGCAGAGAGCAGUGAGGUGGAGGAAGAGGAGAGGGGGAUGGGAAGAGGAGAGAGGGAUGUGGAGAGGAGAGAGGUAGUAGAGGAUGAAGGGGGGGUAAUCAGUAAAUGGAUCUGUAGACAGACAGAGAUGUAGAAUAUAAACUGCAGCCCCAGCAUAAUGUUGACUUGGAACUGGAAUGUCUGUCAUCUGUCCACUCUGCUUUUAAAAUACACUAUGAAAGGAUGGUUCCUCUUCUGUAAAGAUGGUCAACCUGUGUGUUUUUCCCUCUCUUCUUUUCCCUCUCUCUCUCUUAUUCUCUCUCCCCCCCUCCAGGUCGUUCCUUUUCAGUAAAGAAGGGAACCCUAACAAGCGUAACGUGCAGAAUGAGACGUGUCUGCAUGCGUUGUGUCAGGGAGCGCACAUCCUGCUGCUGCCAGAGGGGGCACUGUCUCACAGACUGGCCAGACCACAGAGAGACGAACAACGCAGGGCAGACUGCCUACAGGUAUAGACACACAGACACACGCACACACACACACACACACACACACACACACAAAGAACACACACUCAAAUACAUUAGAGGGCUAACGAUAUUGUGUGUGUGUGUGUGUGUCCAGAUGAUCCUGAGCUGGACCGGGGCUAGGCUGGACAGAGGACAGUAUGAGAGGGUUAACAUUAACGCUACAGACAACAGGAACAGCACCUGUCUACACUACGCUGCUGCUGCUGGCAUGAAGAGCUGUGUAGAGGUAAGAGAGAGAGAGAGAUACUGUGUAGAGGUAAGAGAGAGAGAGAGAUACUGUGUAGAGGUAGAGAGAGAGAGAGAGAUACUGUGUAGAGGUAAGAGAGAGAGAGAGAUACUGUGUAGAGGUAAGAGAGAGAGAUACUGUGUUGAGGUAAGAGAGAGAGAGAGAUACUGUGUAGAGGUAAGAGAGAGAUAUAGUACUGUGUAGAGGUAAGAGAGAGAGGAGAUACUGUGUAGAGGUAAGAGAGAGAGAGAGAGAUACUGUGUAGAGGUAAAGAUUUUUGGAGAGAGAGAGAGAUCUGUGUAAGGUAAGAGGGAGGAUACUUUGGGGGGGGGGUUUUUCCCCUUUUAUUUUUUUCCCCUUUCCCCCCAAAUUUCUUUUUUCCCCCCCUUUUUUUUUUUUCCCCCCUUUCCCCUUUUUUUUUGCCCCCCGGGGGGUUUUUUUUUUUUUUUCCCCCCCCUUUUUUUUUCCCCUUUUUUUUUUUUUUCCCCCCCCCGGGGGGGUUUUCCCCCGGGGUUUUCCGGGGGGGCCCCUUUUUUGGGUUUUUUUUUUUUUUUUUUAAAAGGGGCCCCCCCCGGGGUUUUCCCCCCCAAUUUUAAAAAUUUUCCACCCCCCCUUUUUUUAAAAUUUUUCCCCCCCUUUUUUGUUUUUUAAAAAAAUUUUUCCCCUUUUUCCCCCCUUUUUUUUCCCCCCUUUUUUUUCCCCCCCAAAAAUUUUUUUUUUUUUUUUUUCCCCCCCCCCAAAAACCCCCCAAAUUUUUUCCCCCCCCCCCAAACCCCCCCUUUUUUUCCCCCCCCCCCCCGUCCCCAACCCCCCCCCCCCCCCUUUUUUUAAAACCCCCCCCCCCCCCCCCCCCCCCCCCCCCCCGGGGAAAAAUUUUUUUUUUUCCCCCUUCCCCCCCCCCCUUUUUUUUUUAAUUUUUUUUCCUUUUUUCCCCCCCCUUUCCCCCCCCCUCCCCCCCCCGGGUUUUAGGGGGGGGUUUUUGGCCCAAAAAGAGCCCCCCCCCCCGGGGGGGGCCCCCCCCCCCCCCCGGGGGGGUUUUGGGAAAAGGGGGAAAAACCCCCUUUUUUUUUUUUUUUUUUUUUUUUUAAAAAAAAUUUUUUUUUUUUUGGGGGAAAAAACCCGGGGGAAAGAAAGGGGGGGGCCAAAAAGAAAAAGGGGGGGGGGGAAAAAAAAAGGGUUUUAAAAAAAGGGGGGGAAAGGGGGGGGGGUUUUUUUUUUUUUUAACCCCUUUUUCCCCCCCCUUUUUUUUUUUUUUUAAAAAAAAAAUUUUUUGUUUUUUUUUUAAAAAAAGGAAAAAAAAAUUUUUUUUAAAAAAAAAAGGGGGGGAAAAAAGGGGAUUUUUUUCCCCCCCCCUUUUUUUUUUUGUUUUUUUUUUUAAAAAAAAAAUUUUUGGGGUGGGGGGUUUUUUUUUUCCCCCCCCCCCUUUUUGGGGGGGGGCCCCCCCCCAAAAAAAAAAAAGUUUUAAAAAAUUUUUUGGGGUUUUGGGGUUUUUAAAAAAAAACCCCCCCCCCCAAAAAAAGGGGGUUUUUUGGGGGUUUUAAAAAAAAAUUUUUUUAAAAAAAAAAAAAGGGAAAAAGGGGGUUUGGGGAAAUUUGGAGGGGGGGUUUUUUUAAAAAAAUUUUAAAAAAAACUUGAAAAAGGAGGGGGGGGGAAAGGGGAAAAAAAAAUUUUUGGGGGGGGAAAAAAACCCCGGGAAUAAAAGGGUUGGGGGCCCGGGGGCCCGGGGAAAACCCGGGGGAAAAAAAAGGAGGGAUUUUUUUUAAAAAAAGGGAAAAAAGGGGGGGGGGUUUUUUAAAAGGGGGGGAAAAAAAAGGGGGAAAAAGGUUGGGGGAAAAGAGGGGAGAUUUUUAAGGGGAAGAAAAAAAUUUUGGGGGUUAGAGGAGAAAAACUGUAAAAAAAAAAAGGGGGUUUUUUAAAAAGGGAAAAAAAGAGGGGGGAAAGAAAAGAGGGGGAAAAAAAAAGGGGGAAAAGGGGGAAAGGGGGGAAAAAGGGGGGGAAAAAAAAAAGGGGAAAAAGGGGGGGAAAAAAAAAAAAGGGGGGGGAAAAGGGAAGAGAAAAGGAAGGGGGGGGGGGGGAAAAAAAGGGAAAAAAAAAGGGGGGGGGGGGAAAAGGGAGAAAAGGGGGGGGGGGAAAAGAAAAAGGGGAAGGGGAAAAAAGGGAAAAAAAAAAAAAAAGGGGGGGGGGGAAGGGAGAGAGAGAAACAAAAAAAAAGGGGAGAAAAAGGGGGGGAAAGAGGGGGGGGGAAGAAAGGGGAAAGAAAAAAGGGGGGGGGGGGGGGAAAAAAAAAUUUUAAAAAAAAAAGGGGGGGGGGAAAAAAGGGGGUUUUGGGUUAAGGGGGGAGUUUUUGGGAAAAAUUUUAAAAAAAAUUUUUUUUUUUUGGGGGGGGGGGGGGGGGAAAAGGGAAAAAAAUUUUUAAAAAAAAAAAAAAAAAGGGUUUUUUAAAAAGGGGGGGGGAAAAAAAAAAAAAAAAAAGGGGGGGAAAAAAUUUUUUUAAAAAAAAAUUUGGGGGGCCCCCCCCCCAAAACCCCCCCCCACCCCCCCUUUCCCCCCUUUUUUUUUUUGGGGGGCCCAAAAACCCCCCGGGGGGGGAAAAAUUUUAAAAAAAAAAAAAAAGGGAAAAAAAAAAAAAAAAACCCGGGUUCCCCCCGGGGGCCCCCCCCCAAAAAAAAAACCCCCUUUUCCCCGGGGGGGAAAAAAAAAAAAAAGGGGGGGAACCCCCCCCAAAAAACAUAAAGGAAAAAAACCCAAAAAAAAAAAAAAAAAAAAAAAAAAAAAAAAACCAAAAAAAAAGGGGUUUUUUUUUAAAAAAUUUUUUUUUAAAAACCAAAAAAGGGGAAAAAAUUUUUUUUCCCCCCAAAAAAAAAAAAAUUUUUAAAAAAACCGGCCCCAAAAAAAAAAAAAAAAAAAAAAAAUUUUCCCCGGGUUUUUUUUUUUAAAAAAAGGUAAAAAAAAAAAAAAAAAAUUUAAAAAAAAAGGGGAAAUAAAAAAAACCAAAAAAAAUUUUUUUGGGGGGGGGGAAAAAAGGGGGGAAAAAUUUAAAAAAAAAAAAAAAUUUUUUGGUUUGGAUCUGAGGAUUAGGUUGAAUGUGGAUGAUAGUGUUUUUGUGUCUUCACUCCCAUCUUUUAACUCUUUCUCUCUCCCUCUCUCUUUCCCUUUGCCUCCCCCUUGUCCUGUGUGUGUGUGUGUGUGUGCAUGUUAGCUCCUGGUCCAGGCCGGGUCAGACCUGUUUGUGGAGGACGAGGAGAAGUUAACCCCGUGUGACCACGCAGAGAGACAGCAGCAAACACAUCUGGCCCUGCGCCUCGAAGCCAUGAUGGUGUUCUCACAACACACACACACCGAGACACAGACACCCAGCAGCACGCUGCACCGCAAAGAGGUGAGUUACACACACACACACGCACGCACACAGAGCAACCGCUGGCGUAGCAAUAUACAUCAGACAGUAAAAAACGUAAUAUAUGGACAAGAUAUAUAGAUACAGAAUAUACACAAUCCACAUGUGGUCCUCUGUAGCUCAGCUGGUAGAGCACGGUGCUUGUUUUUUAUUUAUUUUUUAUUUCACCUUUAUUUAACCAGGUAAGCCAGUUGAGAACAAGUUCUCAUUUACAACUGCGACCUGGCCAAGAUAAAGCAAAGCAGUGCGAUAAAAACAACAACACAGAGUUACAUAUGGGGUAAAAAAACAUAAAGUCAAAAAAUACAACAGAAAAAUAUAUAUACAGUGUGUGCAAAUGUAGCAAGUUAUGGAGGUAAGGCAAUAAAUAGGCUAUAGUGCAAAAUAAUUACAAUUAGUAUUAACACUGGAAUCAAAUCAAAUCAAAUCAAAUUUUAUUGGUCACAUGCGCCGAAUACAACAGGUGCAGACAUUACAGUGAAAUGCUUACUUACAGCCCUUAACCAACAGUACAUUUAUUUUUAACAAAAAAAGUAAAAAUAAAACAACAACAAAAAAAGUGUUGAGAAAAAAAGAGCAGAAGUAAAAUAAAAUAACAGUAGGGAGGCUAUAUAUACAGGGGGGUACCGGUGCAGAGUCAAUGUGCGGGGGCACCGGCUAGUUGAGAUAGUUGAAGUAAUUUGUACAUGUGGGUAGAGUUAAAGUGACUAUGCAUAAAUAAUUAACAGAGUAGCAGCAGCGUAAAAAGGAUGGGGUGGGGGGGGCAGUGCAAAUAGUCCGGGUAGCCAUGAUUAGCUGUUCAGGAGUCUUAUGGCUUGGGGGUAGAAGCUGUUGAGAAGUCUUUUGGACCUAGACUUGGCACUCCGGUACCGCUUGCUGUGCGGUAGCAGGGAGAACAGUCUAUGACUAGGGUGGCUGGAGUCUUUGACAAUUUUGAGGGCCUUCCUCUGACACCGCCUGGUAUAGAGGUCCUGGAUGGCAGGAAGCUUGGCCCCAGUGAUGUACUGGGCCGUACGCACUACCCUCUGUAGUGCCUUGCGGUCGGAGGCCAAGCAGUUGCCAUACCAGGCGGUGAUGCAACCAGUCAGGAUGCUCUCGAUGGUGCAGCUGUAGAAUUUUUUGAGGAUCUGAGGACCCAUGCCAAAUCUUUUCAGUCUCCUGAAUGCUAGAUGGGCAAGAGAUUAUGUGCAAAUAGAGAUACUGGGGUGCAAAAGAGCAAAAUAAAUAACAAAAUAGGGAUGAGGUAGUUGGGUGGGCUAAUUUCAGAUGGGCUGUGUACAGGUGCAGUGAUCGGUAAGGUGCUCUGACAACUGAUGCUUAAAGUUAGUGAGGGAGAUAAGAGUCUCCAGCUUCAGAGAUUUUUGCAAUUCGUUCCAGUCAUUGGCAGCAGAGAACUGGAAGGAAUGGCGGCCAAAGGAGGUGUUGGCUUUGGGGAUGACCAGUGAGAUAUACCUGCUGGAGCGCAGACUACGGGUGGGUGUUGCUAUGGUGACCAAUGAGCUAAGAUAAGGCGGGGAUUUGCCUAGCAAUGAUUUAUAGAUGGCCUGGAGCCAGUGGGUUUGACGAUGAACAUGUAGUGAGGACCAGCCAACAAGAGCGUACAGGUCACAGUGGUGGGUAGUGUAUGGGGCUUUGGAGACAAAACGGAUGGCACUGUGAUAGACUACAUCCAAUUUGCUGAGUAGAGUGUUGGAGGCUAUUUUGUAAAUGACAUCGCCGAAGUCAAGGAUCGGUAGGAUAGUCAGUUUUACGAGGGCAUGUUUGGCAGCAUGAGUAAAGGAGGCUUUGUUGCGAAAUAGGAAGCCGAUUCUAGAUUGUAACGCCAAGGUAGUGGGUUCGAUCCCCGGGACCACCCAUACAUAAAAAAUGUAUGCACGCAUGACUGUAAGUCGCUUUGGAUAAAAGCGUCUGCUAAAUGGCAUAUUAUUAUUAUUAUUAUUAUUAUUAUUAUUAUUAUUAUUAUUAUUACAUACAGUAUGUGUGUAUAUAUAGUGCCUUCAGAAAGUAUUCAUACCCCUUGACUUAUUCCACAUUUUGUUGUGUUACAGCCUGAAUUCAAAAUGGAUUAAAUAUAUUUUUUUCUCUCACACAUCUACACACAAUACCCCAUAAUGACAAAGUGAAAACAUGUUUUUAUAAAUGUUGGCAAAUGUAUUGAAAAUGAAAUACAGAAAUAUCUCAUUUACAUAAGUAUUCACACCCCUGAGUCACCUUUGGCAGCGAUUACAGUUUGUGAGUCUUUUUGAUCUUGGGCCUCCCGAGUGGUGCAGCGGUCUAACAUGCUGACCACACCGCACGCGUCUCGUGCACGAGCGUUGCAAAAUAAAUGUACACAUGUUAUUCAAUCAUUGCACCCACACUGUUCGCACGCGUCAACGAGCAUUUGCGUGGCCAGGCGCUAAAAUAUAACUUGGUUCUAUUUGUGACGCUGAACUCGUUGCAAGUCCUGCCUCUCCCAUCUCCUCAUUGGUUUUUAGGAGCAUCUACCCACGUGGGUGAUUGGAAGAUGAACUGAGGUCUAGGCUCCAGUCCAGUUGGUUGUGGUAAUGCACCAUAAAGUUGGUUGCCAACCGCCAUAUAAAGUCCAAAGAAGAAGAAGAAGCCUGAAGGAGGAGAGAUUACUAGAAAACAAACUUUUACCUUUUUAUUUUUGGAUCAACUUUUCAGAGUAGAGGACCUUGUGCAUUUCAGAUAAAAUAACAACCCAAUGUUUAUAUCCCAGGACAAAUUAGCUAGCUAGCUAAAUUGCCAUGAAUGUUUAAUGCUUUUCGACCUGUCCCCAAAUUAAUAUAAUUGGUUCAGAGUUUAUUUUGAUAUAUCAACCUGCGUGUGCUGAUCGCGCCUGGUGUGGGGGGGACAAAAUCAACUUGUCUGGGUAGCAUGUAAGGCAGUGCAAGCUGCGUUACUACAGAUCCUGGUUCGAUACCGGGCUGUGUCGCAGCCGGCCGCGACCGGGAGACCCAUGAGGCGACGCACAAUUGGCCCUGCGUCGUCCAGGUUAGGGGAGGGUUUGGCUGGCUGGGAUGUCCUUGUCCCAUCGCGCUGUCGCGACUCCUGUGGCGGGCCGGGCGCAUGCCCGCUGACACGGUCGCCAGGUGUACUGCGUUUCCUCCGACACAUUGGUGCGGCUGGCUUCAGGGUUAAGCAUGCAUUGUGUCAAGAAGCAGUGCGGCUUGGCGGGGUUGUGUUUCUCGACCUUCGCCUCUCCCGAGUCCGUACGGAAGUUGCAGCAAUGGGACAAGACUGUAACUACCAACUGGAUAUGACGCAAUUAGGGAGUAAAGGUUGUAAAAAAAAAAGUAUCUCAGAGUUUUGCACACCUGGAUUGUAUAAUAUUCUUCAAUCUCUGUCAAGUUGGUUGUUAAUCAUUGCUAGACAGCCGUUUUCAAGCCUUGCUAUAGAUUUUCAAGCCGAUUUAAGUCAAAAGUGUAACUAGGCCACUCAGGAACAUUCAAUGUCAUCGUGGUAAACAACUCCACUGUAUUUGGCCUUGUGUUUUAGGUUAUUGUCUUGCUGAAAGGUGAAUUUGUUUCCCAGUGUCUGUUGGAAAGCCAACUGAACCAGGAUUCUCUAGGAUUUUGCCUUUGCUUAGCUCUAUUCCGUUUAUUUUUAUCCUAAAAAACUCCCUAUUCCUUGCCGAUGACAAGCAUACCCAUAACAUAAUGCAGCCACCACCAUGCUUGAAAAUAUGAAGAGUGGUAGUCAGUGAUGUGUUUGUUGUGUUGGAUUUGUCCCAAACGUAAUGCUUUGUAUUCACCCCAAUGGUGGAACAAGCUCCCUCACGACGCCAGGACAGCGGAGUCACUCACCACCUUCCGGAGACACUUGAAACCCCACCUCUUUAAGGAAUACCUGGGAUAGGACAAAGUAAUCCUUCUACCUCCCCCUUACACCCCCCCCCCCCCCCCCCCCCCCCCAAAAAAAAAAAAAAAAACAUUGUAAAGUGGUUAUCCCACUGGCUAUAAGGUUAAUGCACCAAUUUGUAAGUCGCUCUGGAUAAGAGUGUCUGCUAAAUGACGUAAACGUAUUCAGGACAUAAAGUUAAUUUCUUUGCCACAUUUUUUUGUUUUACUUUAGUGGCUUAUUGCAAACAGGAUGCAUGUUUUUGAAUAUUUGUAUCAUGUACAGGCUUCCUUCUUUUCACUCUGUAGUUACUCCACAAUACUAACCCUAAAUGGCAAUGUUGUUGAUCCAUCAUCAGUUUUCUCCUAUUACGGCCAUUAAACUCUGUAACUGUUUUAAACUCACCAUUGCCCUCAUGGUGAAAUCCCUGAGCGGUUUCCUUCCAAAGUGUAAUUAAUAACUUCACCAUGCUCAAAGGGAUAUUCAAUGUCUACCAACAAAUAGGUGCCCUCCUUUGCAAGGCAUUGUAAAACCUUCCUGGUCUUUGUGGUUGAAUCUGUGUUUGAAAUUCACUGCUCGACUGAGGGACCUACCAAUAAUUGUAUGUGUGGGGUACAGAGAUGGGGUAGUCAUUCAUGUUAAACACUAUUAUUGCACACAGAGUGAGUCCAUGCAACUUAUUAUGUGACUUGUUAAGCACAUUUUUACUCAUUAACUUAUUUAGGCUUGCCAUAACAAAGGGGUUGAAUAGUUAUUGACUCAAGACAAAAAGGUCCUCUGUAGCUCAAUUGGUAGAGCAUGGCGCUUGUAACGCCAGGGUAGUGGGUUCGAUCCCCGGGACCACCCAUACGUAAAAAUGUAUGCACGCAUGACUGUAAGUAGCUUUGGAUAAAAGCAUCUGCUAAAUGGCAUAUUAUUUAUUAUUAUUAUUUCAGCUUUUCAUUUUUUAUUACUUUUUAAACAUUUCUAAAAACAAGUUUCAUAUUUGACAUUAUGGGGUAUUGUGUGUAGGGCAGUGACACAACAUCUCAAUUAAAUCCAUGUUUUUAUUCAGGCUUUAACACAAUAAAAUGUGGAAAAAGUCAAGGGGUGUGAAUAUUUUCUGAAGGCACUGUAUAUAUAUAUAUAUUUGCUACUGCAAAUACAGUGUCUUAUAAGCCCAUGUGGGCUGGUCAUCUUGAGGAUGCAAGACACUGUAAUAAUUAAAUCAGUCAAAUCAAUCACACACACUUUAAAUCAGAGAUGUAUUUGCUGUGAGAAGUAACCACAGAGGGACAAGCAGCUGCAGAAUAUUGAUAUGGUUUAUGAUCUAUUUUUCCCCCAGCUUUUUCAAUUCUUAAUCUCUCUCUCCCCCAUCUCUCUUUCUCUCUCCCUCCCCUCUCAUCCCCAGCCCUAUGAGGGUUUGAAGCUGCAGGACUUGAGGAGACUGAAGGACAUGUUGAUAGUGGAGACAGCUGACAUGCUACAGGCUCCUCUCUUCACCGCCGAGGCCCUGCUCAGAGCACAUGGUGUGUGUGCGCUUUUCAUGUGUGUGUGUGUUUCAUGUGUGUUUGUGUGUGUGUAACCUGUCUCUGUGUAUCUAAUUGGGAAGUGUAGGAGCUGUUGAAAGUGUGUGUCUCGCUCUAACCCCUCUAUCUCUGUGUGUAACAGACUGGGACAGGGAGAAGCUGUUGGAAGCCUGGAUGAGUGAUUCUGAAGGGUGCUGCCAGCGGUCUGGGGUCUUGCUGCCCACCCCCCCGCCCAGCGGGUGCAACGCCUGGGACACCCUGCCUUCCCCCCGCACCCUCGCUCCCCCCUCACCCUCACCCUCACCCUCACCUCUCCUACUGACAGCUGCCUCACCCCAGGGGAGGAGGGAGGGGCAACGGUGAGUCACAUGAUACUCUGGUCCAGGACAGGUUGCACAUUUUUGUUCUACCCCAGCACAAGCGCACCUGAUUCUACUAACCAACCAGUCAUCAAGCCCUAGCUGCCUGUGUGCGUGUGUAACAGAGUUAAGAACGUACCGAAAGCUCACUCCACAGCUAGCUUGAAAUGUCGCGAAUGGACCCAUCCAAUUGGUACGUUUUUGGUAGCUCCAACCAUUGGAACGUUGUCAAGGAGGGCAGUCACGUGUGUUAGCAAAGUAGAGGUCCCGAGUUCCAGCCAGUUAUGAGCCGAAUCGGUGAUGUAGUACAGUCCUGGUCAAAAGUUUUGAGAAUGACACAAAUACUAAUUUUCACAAAGUCUGCUGCCUCAGUUUUGAUGAUGGCAAUUUGCAUAUACUCCAGAAUGUCAUGAAGAGUGAUCAGAUGAAUUGCAAUUAAUUACAAAGUCCCUCUUUGCCAUGAAAAUGAACUUAAUCCCCAAAAAACAUUUCCACUGCAUUUCAGCCCUGCCACAAAAGGACCAGCUGCCAUCAUGUCAGUGAUUCUCUCGUUAACACAGGUGAGAGUGUUGACGAGGACAAGGCUGGAGAUCACUCUGUCAUGCUGAUUGAGUUAGAAUAACAGACUGGAAGCUUUAAAAGGAGGGUGGUGCUUGAAAUCAUUGUUCUUCCUCUGUUAACAUUUACAUUUUAGUGAUUUAGCAGACGCUCUUAUCCAGAGCGACUUACAGUUAGUGAGCUUUACACAAAAAGGGCUUCACAGGAAAGGAUAUUGCUGCUAGUACGAUUGCACCUAAAUCAACCAUUUAUCGGAUCAUCAAGAACUUCAAGGAGAGAGGUUCAAUUGUUGUGAAGAAGGCGUCAGGGCGCCCAAGAAAGUCCAGCAAGCGCCAGGACCGUCUCCUAAAGUUGAUUCAGCUGCGGGAUCGGGGCACCACCAGUGCAGAGCUUGCUCAGGAAUGGCAGCAGGCAGGUGCGAGAGCAUCUGCACGCACAGUGAGGCGAAUACUUUUGGAGGAUGGCCUGGUGUCAAGAAGGGCAGCAGAGAAGCCACUUCUCUCCAGGAAAAACAUCAGGGACAGACUGAUAUUCUGCAAAAGGUACAGGGGUUGGACUGCUGAGGACUGGGAUAAAGUCAUUUUCUCUGAUGAAUUCCCUUUCCGAUUGUUUGGGGCAUUCGGAAAACACCUUGUCCGGAGAAGACAAGGUGAGCGCUACCAUCAGUCCUGUGUCAUGCCAACAGUUAAGCAUCCUGAGACCAUUCAUGUGUGGGGUUGCUUCUCAGCCAAGGGAGUGGGCUCACUCACAAUUUUGCCUAAGAACACAGCCAUGAAUAAAGAAUGGUACCAACACAUCCUCCGAGAGCAAAUUCUCCCAACCAUCCAAGAACAGUUUGGUGAUGACCAAUGCCUUUUCCAGCAUGAUGGAGCACCUUGCCAUAAGGCAAAAGUGAUAACUAAGUGGCUCGGGGAACAAAACAUCGAAAACCUUAAUCCCAUUGAGAACUUGUGGUCGAUCCUCGAGAGGCGGGUGGACAAACAAAAACCCACAAAUUCUGACAAACUCCAAGCAUUGAUUAUGCAAGAAUGGGCUGCCAUCAGUCAGGAUGUGGCCCAGAAGUUAAUUGACAGCAUGCCAGGGCGAAUUGCAGAGGUCUUGAAAAAGAAGGGUCAACAUUGCAAAUAUUGACUCUUUGCGUAAACUUAAUGUAAUUGUCAAUAAAAGCCUUUGACACUUAUGGAAUGCUUGUAAUUAUACUUCAGUAUACCAUAGUAACAUCUGACAAAAAUAUCUCAUAACACUGAAGCAGCAAACUUUGUGAAGACCAAUACUUGUGUCAUUCUCAAAACUUUUGACCACGACUGUAUAUACAGUGGGGGAAAAAAAGUAUUUAGUCAGCCACCAAUUGUGCAAGUUCUCCCACUUAAAAAGAUGAGAGAGGCCUGUAAUUUUCAUCAUAGGUACACGUCAACUAUGACAGACAAAUUGAGAAAUUCCAGAAAAUCACAUUGUAGGAUAUUUAAUGAAUUUAUUUGCAAAUGAUGGUGGAAAAUAAGUAUUUGGUCACCUACAAACAAGCAAGAUUUCUGGCUCUCACAGACCUGUAACUUCUUCUUUAAGAGACUCCUCUGUCCUCCACUCGUUACCUGUAUUAAUGGCACCUGUUUGAACUUGUUAUCAGUAUAAAAGACACCUGUCCACAACCUCAAACAGUCACACUCCAAACUCCACUAUGGCCAAGACCAAAGAGCUGUCAAAGGACACCAGAAACAAAAUUGUAGACCUGCACCAGGCUGGGAAGACUGAAUCUGCAAUAGGUAAGCAGCUUGGUUUGAAGAAAUCAACUGUGGGAGCAGUUAUUAGGAAAUGGAAGACAUACAAGGCCACUGACAAUCUCCCUCGAUCUGGGGCUCCAUGCAAGAUCUCACCCCGUGGGGUCAAAAUGAUCACAAGAAUGGUGAGCAAAAAUCCCAGAACCACACGGGGGGACCUGGUGAAUGACCUGCAGAGAGCUGGGACCAAAGUAACAAAGCCUACCAUCAGUAACACACUACUCCGCCAGGGACUCAAAUCCUGCAGUGCCAGACGUGUCCCCCUGCUUAAGCCAGUACAUGUCCAGGCCCGUCUGAAGUUUGCUAGAGUGCAUUUGGAUGAUCCAGAAGAGGAUUGGGAGAAUGUCAUAUGGUCAAAUGAAACCAAAAUAGAACUUUUUGGUAAAAACUCAACUCGUCGUGUUUGGAGGACAAAGAAUGCUGAGUUGCAUCCAAAGAACACUAUACCUACUGUGAAGCAUGGGGUUGGAAACAUCAUGCUUUGGGGCUGUUUUUCUGCAAAGGGACCAGGACGACUUAUCUGUGUAAAGGAAAGAAUGAAUGGGGCCAUGUAUCGUGAGAUUUUGAGUGAAAACCUCCUUCCAUCAGCAAGGGCAUUGAAGAUGAAACGUGGCUGGGUCUUUCAGCAUGACAAUGAUCCCAAACACACCGCCCGGGCAACGAAGGAGUGGCUUCGUAAGAAGCAUUUCAAGGUCCUGGAGUGGCCUAGCCAGUCUCCAGAUCUCAACCCCCAUAGAAAAUCUUUGGAGGGAGUUGAAAGUCCGUGUUGCCCAGCGACAGCCCCAAAACAUCACUGCUCUAGAGGAGAUCUGCAUGGAGGAAUGGGCCAAAAUACCAGCAACAGUGUGUGAAAACCUUGUGAAGACUUACAGAAAACGUUUGACCUGUGUCAUUGCCAACAAAGGGUAUAUAAAAGUUUUGUUAUUGACCAAAUACUUAUUUUCCACCAUAAUUUGCAAAUAAAUUCAUUACAAAUCCUACAAUGUGAUUUUCUGGAUUUUCUUUUCUCAUUUUGUCUGUCAUAGUUGACGUGUACCUAUGAUGAAAAUUACAGGCCUCUCUCAUCUUUUUAAGUGGGAGAACUUGCACAAUUGGUGGCUGACUAAAUACUUUUUUUCCCCACUGUACAUAGCCGAGUCUCUGAGACAGGGAUACAUACGGCCCUCCACUUCCCCUGCGUCCUCAAGUUUCUUUUUUGUGAAGAAAAAGGAUGGAGGGUUGCGCCCGUGUAUUGAUUACCGUAGUCUCAAUCAGAUCACUGUGAAAUACAGUUAUCCACUCCUUCUGAUUGCGAGUAUGACGGAAUCAUUACACGGAGCGCGUUUCUUCACAAAACUGGAUCUCAGGAGCGCAUACAACUUGGUGCGUAUUAGGGAGGGAGAUGAAUGGAAGACACUGUACCUCUGACCGUGUGGGGCUGUCUCUUCCCCUCCAGUGUGGGAUCUGCCUGUGUUCCAUCUCAGUGUUUGAAGACCCAAUAGACAUGUCCUGUGGCCAUGAGUUCUGCCGAGCCUGCUGGGAAGGGUACGUCACUUACUCUGUUUGAAUGUAAUUAAACAUGAUGGAUCCUCACAGGGAAAUUGUAUUGUCACAGGCCUACGCGACACAUUACAAUACAAACGUAUAAACUGUAUUAAAAAAUACACACAAUCUGGAAGGCAGAGGAAUGUACAGUAAAACGGCAAGAGCAAGCCAUAUCAAUGUAAUGCUUGACUGUGGAUCCAAUAAUUAUUGAAUUGAAUGUAAUUUGUUUCAGGUUUCUGAAUGUGAAGAUCCAGGAGGGUGAGGCUCAUAACAUCUUCUGUCCUGCCUGUGACUGUUACCAGCUGGUGCCUGUUCAGGUUAUAGAGAGUGUUGUCUCCAGAGAGAUGGACAAACGAUACCUGCAGUUCGACAUUAAGGCACGCACACAUGCGCGCGCACACACAUACACACACACACACACACACACACACAAUGUCGCUCUCAAAGAAUCUUAUCUCUGAUAUCUCUCCUCCCUGGGUGUGUGUGUAUCUUUCUGCAUGUGUGUGUCUCUCUAGGCGUUCGUGGAGAACAACCCGUCUAUCCGGUGGUGUCCGGCGGUGCGGUGUGAGAGAGCGGUCAGACUGACUAGACCUGGUCCAGGGGGUUAACCACCUGGGGUUCCCCCUGCUGCCCUGCCCUGCUGUCGACUGUGGCAAAGGACACCUCUUCUGCUGGUACACACACGCGCACACACAUGCAGGCAGACAGACAUGCAUCCACACACAUCAGUCAAGUAAUCAGUCUCUCGAUCCCUUUCUCUCAUUGAUAAUUCUCCCUCGUGCCUUUCAUGGGGAAAAGUCUCAAACGUUGAGAAUGAUACAGUGCAUUCAGAAAGUAUUCAGACCUGUUUACUUUUUCCACAUUUUGUUACGUUACAGCCUUAUUCUAAAAUGUAUUAUAUUAAUGUUUUUCCUCAUCAAUCUACACACAAUACCCCAUAAUGACAAAGCAAAAACAGGUUUUUAGAAGUGUUUGAACAUUUAUUAAAAAUUAAAAACAGACAUAUGACAUUUACAUAAGUAUUCAGACCCUUUGCUAUGAGUCUCGAAAUUGAGCUCAGGUGCAUUCUGUUUCUGUUGAUCAUCCUUGAGAUGUUUCUACAACUUGAUUGGAGUCCACCUGUGGUAAAUUCAAUUGGACAUGAUUUGGAAAGGCACACACCUGUCUAUAAAUAAUUGUCCCACAGUUGACAGUGCAUGUCAGAGCAAAAACCAAGCCAUGAGGUCGAAGGAAUUGUCCGUAGAGCUCAGAGACAGGAUUGUGUUGAGGCACAGAUCUGGGGAAGGGUACCAAAACAUUUCUGCAGCAUUGAAGGUCCCCAAGAACAAAAUGGCCUCCAUCAUUCUUAAAUGGAAGAAGUUUGAUUCUUCAGAAACAAGAUUCUCUGGUCUGAUGAAGCCAAGAUUGAACUCUUUGGUCUGAGUGCCAAGCAACACGUCUGGAGGAAACCUGCCACCAUCCCUACGGUGAAGCAUGGUGGUGGCAGCAUCAUGCUGUGGGGAUGUUUUUCAGCGGCAGGGUCUGGGAGACUAGUCAGGAUCAAGGGAAAGAUGAACGGAGCAAAGUACAGAGAGAUCCUUGAUGAAAACCUGCUCCAGAGCGCUCAGGACCUCAGACUGGGGCGAAGGUUCACCUUCCAACAGGACCACCACCCUAAGCGCACAGCCAAGACAACGCAGGAGUGGCUUCGGGAAUGUCCUUGAGUGACCCAGCCAGAGCCCCGACUUGAACCCAAUCAGACAUCUCUGGAGAGACCUUAAAAUAGCUGUGCAGCUUGAGAGGAUCUGCAGAGAAGAAUGGGAGAAAUUCCCCAAAUACAGGUGUACCUUAGAGGCUGCUGCCCCAUAUACAUAGACUUGAAAUCUUGAAAUCACUGGCGACUUUAAUAAUGGAACACUAGUCACUCUAAUAAUGUUUACAUAUUUUUCCUUUACUCAUCUCAUAUAUACAGUGGGGAGAACAAGUAUUUGAUACACUGCCGAUAUUGCAGGUUUUCCUACUUACAAAGCAUGUAGAGGUCUGUAAUUUUUAUCAUAGGUACACUUCAACUGUGAGAGACGGAAUCUAAAACAAAAAUCCAAAAAAUCACAUUGUAUGAUUUUUAAGUAAUUCAUUUGCAUUUUAUUGCAUGACAUAAGUAUUUGAUCACCUACCAACCAGUAAGAAUUCCGGCUCUCACAGACCUGUUAGUUUUUCUUUAAGAAGCCCUCCUGUUCUCCACUCAUUACCUGUAUUAACUGCACCUGUUUGAACUCGUUACCUGUAUAAAAGACACCUGUCCACACACUCAAUCAAACAGACUCCAACCUCUCCACAAUGGCCAAGACCAGAGAGCUGUGUAAGGACAUCAGGGAUAAAAUUGUAGACCUGCACAAGGCUGGGAUGGGCUACAGGACAAUAGGCAAGCAGCUUGGUGAGAAGGCAACAAUUGUUGGCGCAAUUAUUAGAAAAUGGAAGAAGUUCAAGAUGACGGUCAAUCACCCUCGGUCUGGGGCUUCAUGUAAGAUCUCACCUCGUGGGGCAUCAAUGAUCAUGAGGAAGGUGAGGGAUCAGCCCAGAACUACACGGCAGGACCUGGUCAAUGACCUGAAGAGAGCUGGGACCACAGUCUCAAAGAAAACCAUUAGUAACACACCGUCAUGGAUUAAAAUCCUGCAGCGCACGCAUGGUCCCCCUGCUCAACAUUUUACAUUUUAGUCAUUUAGCAGACGCUCUUAUCCAGAGCGACUUACAGUUAGUGAGUGCAUACAUUAUUUAUUUUUAUUUCAUACUGGCCCCCCGUGGGAAUCGAACCCACAACCCUGGCGUUGCAAACGCCAUGCUCUACCAACUGAGCUACAUCCCUGCCGGCCAUUUCCUCCCCUACCCUGGACGACGCUGGGCCAAUUGUGCGCCGCCCCAUGGUCACGGCCGGCUACGACAGAGCCUGGAUUCGAACUAGGAUCUCUAGUGGCACAGCCUUAGACCACUGCGCCACUCAGCGCAUGUCCAGGCCCGUCUGAAGUUUGCCAAUGACCAUUUGGAUGAUCCAGAGGAGGAAUGGGAGAAGGUCAUGUGGUCUAAACUCCACUCGCCGUGUUUGGAGGAAGAAGAAGGAUGAGUACAACCCCAAGAACACCAUCCCAACCGUGAAGCAUGGAGGUGGAAACAUCAUUCUUUGGGGAUGCUUUUCUGCAAAGGGGACAGGACGACUGCACCGUAUUGAGGGGAGGAUGGAUGGGGCCAUGUAUCGCGAGAUCUUGGCCAACAACCUCCUUCCCUCAGUAAGAGCAUUGAAGAUGGGUCGUGGCUGGGUCUUACAGCAUGACAACGACCCGAAACACACAGCCAGGGCAACUAAGGAGUGGCUCUGUAAGAAGCAUCUCAAGGUCCUGGAGUGGCCUAGCCAGUCUCCAGACCUGAACCCAAUAGAAAAUCCUUCCUCUCUCUCUCUUCCUCCAUAUGUCUCUCUCCUCUCUCUCUCUCUCUCUCUCUCUCUCUCUCACACCCUCUCUCUCUCUCUCUUCCUCCAUCUGUCUCUCUCCUCUCUCUCUCUCCCCCCUCUUCUUCUCUCUCUCUUCCUCUCUCUGCCUCUCUCUCCAGGGAGUGUCUAGGUGAGGCCCAUGAGCCAUGUGACUGUCAGACAUGGAGGAUGUGGCUGCAGAAAGUCUCGGAGAUGAAGCCAGAAGAGUGUGAGCACACAUACACACACAGAUGUACAGUAUGUUAUGAUAAACGCAUGAUUGUAUAUGCUGAUCCUGGUAUGUGUGUGUGUGCAUGUGCGCAUGUGUUUGUAUGUGUGUGUGUAUCCAGUGGCAGGUGUAUCGGAGUCGUAUGAGGAUGCAGCUAACUGUCUGUGGUUGUUGACCAACUCUAAACCCUGUGCCAACUGCAAGUCUCCCAUACAGAAGAAUGAGGGCUGCAACCACAUGCAGUGUGCCAAGGUACAUAUACACACCUCACACACACACACACACCAGCUUUGCUACGUUUUAAUGGCAUUCAAAUACAUUUUUAUUUGUCACAUACACAUGUUUAGCAGAUGUUAUUGCGGGUGUAGCGAAAUGCUUGUGCUUCUAGCUCCGACAGUGCAGUAAUAUCUAACAAGUAAUAUCUAACAAUUUCACAACAUAUACCCAAUACACACAAAUCUAAGUAAGGAAUGGAAUUUAAGAAUAAAUGGACAAGCAAUGACAGAGCGGCAUGGACUAAGAUACAGAAGAAUAUUAUAGAAUAGAAUGCAGUAUAUACUUAUGAGAUGAGUAGUGCAAGAUAUAUAAACAUUAUUGAAGUGACUAGUGUUCCAUUUCUUAAAGUGGCCAGUGAUUUCAAUAGGCAGCAGCAGCCUCUAAUGUGCUAGUGAUGGCUAUUUAACAGUCUGAUGGCCUUGAGAUAGAAGCUGUUUUACGUUCUCUCUGUCCCAGCUUUGAUGAACCUGUACUGACCUCGCCCUCUGGAUAAUAGCAGGGUGAACAGUCAGUGGCUUGGGUGGUUGAUGUCCUUGAUGAUCUUUUUGGCCUUCCUGUGACAUUGGGUGCUGUAGGUGUCCUGGAAGGCGGGUAGUUUGCCCCCGGUAAUGCGUUCGGCAGACCGCACCACCCUCUGGAGAGCCCUGUGGUUGCGGGCGGUGCAGUUGCCUACCAGGUGGUGAUACAGCCCGACAGGAUGCUCUCAAUUGUGCAUCUGUAAAAGUUUGUGAGGGUUUUAGGUGCCAAGCCAAAUUUCUUCAGCCUCCUGAGGUUGAAGAGGCUCUGUUGCGCCUUCUUCACCACACUGUCUGCGUGGGUGGACCAUUUCAGUUUGUCAGUGAUGUGUACGCCAAGGAACUUGAAGCUUUCUACUUUCUCCACUGCGGUCCCGUCGAUGUGGAUAGGGGGGUGCACCCUCUGCUGUUUCCUGAAGUCCACGAUCAUCUCCUUUGUUUUGUUGACGUUUAAUGAGAGGUUAUUUUCCUGGCACCACACUCCCAGAGCCCUCACAUCCUCCCUGUAGGCUCUCGUCAUUGAGGAAGAUUUUGAAGCAGUCCCAGCAUAGAACCUUGUGCGACACCAUAUUAAAGCAAUAAGACAGGGUUAUUAACCAUGUAUGGAAAACAACUCUUUCUCUGUCUGCAGUGUAAAUAUGACUUCUGCUGGAUCUGUCUGGAAGAGUGGAAGAAACACAGCUCUUCAACCGGAGGAUACUACCGCUGUACACGCUAUGAAGUUAUCACACAGCUAGAGGAGCAGUCCAAAGAGAUGACUGGAGAGGUACACACACUCACACAUAACCACACACACACACACAACCACACACUCACACAUAACCACACACACACACUUGUUUUUCUAUCCUUGUUGGGACCUAAAAUAGAUUUCCAGUAAAAAUCAGAUUUUCCCUAACGCCUAACCCUAAUUCUAACCCUAAACCUAACCCUAAGCUUAAAAUAGUCUUUGUCCUCGAGGGAGACUUUUCCUUGUUUUACUAUCCUUGUGGGGACAUUUGCAGAUUUCAGGUACCCACGAGGAUAGAAGAACAAGACCACAUGACACACACACUAGCACUGCACACACUGUGGCAUUUUACGUUAAGAAUUUGACAGGAGUGUGUGUGUGUGUGUUUUUCAGGCAGAAAAGAAGCACAAGAGUUUUCAGGGGUUGGACCGCUUCAUGCACUACUACACCCGCUAUAAGAACCAUGAACACAGCUAUAAGGUAACACACACACAGCAUGAUAUCAGACAUGCUAUCGUAUUUAUGAUAUCUACCAAUGUUGUUUUCUAAAAUGUGAUGUCUCUCCCUAUCCCUCUCGCUCUCUCUCUUUCUCUACCCCCCUCUAUUUUCUCUCUUUCUCUCUCUCUAGUUAGAACAGAGACUAUUGAAAACAGCCAAAGAGAAGAUGGAACAGCUGAGUAGAGCCUUCAUUGGAUGUGAGUCUCUGACCUACCUUACUCUACUUUCUACCUCAGAGACUGUCCCUGCCUCACACAACCCUUCUAGAGGACGGUGUGUCCUGCGAAUGGUGUUUGCAGUGUGUGUGUGUGUAUUUGUGUGUUUCUAACAGCAGUGUGUGUGUGUGUCUCUCCUCUAGAUGAGGGCUCCCCCCCAGACACCAGAUUUAUAGAGGACGGUGUGUGUGAGUUGUUGAAGACGCGUCGUGUGUUGAAGUGUUCCUACCCCUACGGAUUCUUCCUCCAGCCUCACAGCACACAGAAGGAGAUAUUUGAACUCAUGCAGGUGUGUAUGAAAUGUGUGCGUGUAUGUGUGUAGAGAGAGUGAGAUUAAUUCCUCCCCCUCCCCCUCUCUUCCCUUCUCCUCCCCCUUCUGUUCCCCAGACUGAUCUGGAGAUGGCGGUGGAGGACUUGGCUCAGAAGGUGAACCGUCCCUACCUGCGUACGCCGUGUCAUAAGAUAGUCAGCGCUGCCUGUCUGGUACAGCAGAAGAGAGAGGAGUUCCUGGCCUCGGUGGCUAGAGGGGUGGCCCCUAACGACUCACCUGAAGUACCUAGGAGGAGGUGAGAGAGAGAGAGAGAGAGAGAGAGAUCAGGGUUGGCUUAUACUCAAAUAUUUACAAAUCCUUUCUUUACAAAUCUCUAUAUUGAAUGUGUUUCAGUUUCCCUGCUGGAUCAUGGGACUGGGAGUACCUGGGAUUCACCUCUCCUGAGGUAACUACACAUAACGCCAUUGUCAAGCUUUUAUACUGUUUCUCUAUGACAAUUUGGGCAACAGGUCCAUAUUUGUAGCCACAUCCUCCAUCUUAGCACAAACAUCCAUGUGACUGACCUGUAUAAUGUACUACCUGUAGGAGUAUGCAGAUUUCCAGUACCGCCGGAGACACCGGCCGCGUCGUAGAGGAGACAUGCCGAGUUUACACAGUCUGAGGAGCAACAGCAGCACUCCUGAACCCAACCAGAACACUGAGAAUACAGGUACACGUGCACACACACACACACACACACAGUCAUGGAUCAGUAGGGCCUGUGUUUCUCUGACCUUUGACCUUUCGUUGUGUUGUUAUUGUUAUGUGUGACAGAGGUCCUCCAGGAGAGAGUUGAGGGGCGGAGACAACCUCUGAGGUCACUGGAUGAAGAUGACCCCAACAUUCUACUGGCCAUCCAACUGUCACUACAGGACUCACGGAGGGAGAGAGAAAUGGAGGGAGGGAUGGAGAGAGGGAUGGGAGGAGGACUGGAGAGAGGCUCUUGUGUGACUGAGGGCCCAGGGCUUGGGUCUGGACAGGGUCUGGAUAUAGGGCCAGUAAUGGGUCCAGGGGUGGGGGGCCUCAGUGAGACUCAGGACCCUUCCAGUGUGGGUGGUUCUCUGGGGGCCAGUGGCUCCUCUAACCUCCCCAGACCAGACCCUAACCUGUCGCUAAAUGCUGAGCUGUUAGAGCUAGGAGAAAGUCUGAUGAGACUGGGACAAAUAACUACUCCAUAUACCUUAGACCACACCUACGACCAAUACAACCCUUCCCCCAGAUACAGUCAGAGUCAGGACCAUGGCUACACACCUUAUACAACUGACCACAACUAUGCUGUACUGGAACCUGACCACACCACACCUUAUACACACGGCUACGGUCACACCUGUGACCUUAACCAGGACCACACUACUAUCAACAUUCCCUUCACUCCAGAACACAACCAUAAUUGUGGUCAAAACCGUGGCCAUCCUACUAUCAAUGCCUCUUACAGUUCUGUUCACUGCCAACCCAGCCCCUACAGUAAAACAUCUCCUCCUCACCCAGACCUUACAGCAUCUUCUAGCCCUAAACACACAAGCCUUUACCCCUCAGACCCAGAGCCAUAUGCUAUGUUUAGCCUUCCCCAUAACCCUGAACCAGACCAAACCAUCUCUUGCACCCAGAACACACAUCCUGAUCACAACCACCAACAUUGCUGCCACUCCAGCCACUACACCCCUAACCCAGACCCUUACACCCCUAACCCAGACCCUUACACCCCUAACCCAGACCAUUACACCCCUAACCCAGACCCUUACACCCCUAACCCAGACCCUUACACCCCUAACCCAGACCAUUACACCCCUAACCCAGACCCUUACACCCCUAACCCAGACCCUUACACCCCUAACCCAGACCAUUACACCCCUAACCCAGACCCUUACACCCCUAACCCAGACCCUUACACCCCUAACCCAGACCCUUACACCCCUAACCCAGACCCUUAUAACCCUAACCCAGACCCUUACACCCCUAACCCAGACCCUUACAACCCUAACCCUUACACCCCUAACCCAGACCACACCUCGAAUCCUGACCCAGACCGCACUGCCUCCUACACCUCAGACCCAGACCUCCUCCUCUCCCCAGUGGUCCCUCCAGGAGGUCCCUUCACCCCCAGUGACCCGGCCUGCCUGGAGCACCUGGACCCCUCAGCUGAAGCCCUGCUCCUGGACAACAUCAUGGCCUGGAUCCAACACACACACCCCCAGGACAGCCCCCAGAACAUCGCCCUUAUCCCCUCAGCUAGCUCCGAGACUGACUCACCCCCAGAGAAAUACUCACCCCCGGACACAGAGACAGACUCACCCACUGUUUCACCCCAAGAUGGUGGGGAGCCAAAGAGUGAUUCCCCUCCUGACACCCAGGCCAGUUUCAGUGGUGAGGCCCUUUCCGAGCUACGGCAGGCCCAGGAGGGAGAGGGCGAGGCCAGGUAGGGGACAGGCUGGCUCCCCCUGCCCUGUAGACAGCCUGGAGGUUAAAAGACCCAGCACUCUGGAUCUGGAGUGUUGUGAGGGUGAGGUGUGUGUGGAGUGUGUGGUCACGGGGUUUGUGUCGGACCUGUCGCAGGACGCAGUGGACACACACACACACUCACACACACACUGUGGAGAUGACAACCUCACUCCUACUGAGACAGACUCAAGCCCCACCCCCAGGGUAGUGGAGGACCAAUCACGCACGGAGUGGGAAGAGCAAGUUCACUUGAUGUGACAACAGACGGACAGAUGACAGAGAGCGGGAGGAAGAGAGGAGGAGAGUGGCAGCGAGAUAA